CACCGCCCGCCCGCCAGACUCCCCGCGGCUCCUCCCCUCUCCCAGGCCCACUCCCAAAGUUAAGUACACGCUCCCUUGUUCCAGCCACAAGCCCUGCGUGAGCCUCUACACGUAGCCGCAGACAGCUCCUUAAAUAGGUCGGAGUUGAGCAAACAAUCCCAGACUUGGGGCCGGCAAAGGCGAGCGGAGGCGACCGCACCGACGCGGCGGGUCAGCUGGCGGCCAAUAGCCGGGGUGCGGCCCGCCCUGUCGCCUCCCCCUCGGGGAGCCUAUAAUUUGCCCGCAGCGCCCGGAGGCGCUAGCUCCUCCGCGACUCCGCGACGGCCUCAUUUCGGCCGCCCUCCCUCCCGCCGCUCCAGCUGCCCGCAGCCGCUCCGCUGCGCGCACUUGGCCCGCCGGCUCCCGCCCGCAGUCGUCGGCCCCGGGCGGACCGGGCUCCCCGCGCUCUCGCGAGAAGUGCACCGCUCCUGGGCAGUGGGGGUGCCGGAGCUGGAGCGGGCUCUCCGGAGGCCGAAGAUGGGGUGCUGCGCCCUGAAGCCGCAGCUGCUGCUGCUGGCGUUUGUCUUCCAGCUCUGGAAUCCCUGCCUGGGUGCGGACUCGGAGAAGCCUUCCAGUAUCCCCACAGAUAAAUUAUUAGUCAUAACGGUAGCAACAAAAGAAAGUGAUGGAUUCCAUCGAUUUAUGCAGUCUGCCAAAUACUUCAAUUAUACUGUGAAGGUCCUUGGUCAAGGAGAAGAGUGGAGAGGUGGUGCUGGAAUUAAUAGUAUUGGAGGGGGCCAGAAAGUGAGAUUAAUGAAAGAAAUCAUGGAACAUUAUGCCAAUCAAGAGGAUUUGGUUGUUUUGUUUACUGAAUGCUUUAAUGUCAUAUUUGCUGGUGGUCCAGAAGAAGUUCUAAAAAAGUUUCAAAAGUCAAACCACAGAGUGGUGUUUGCAGCAGAUGGAAUUCUGUGGCCAGAUAAAAGACUAGCAGACAAGUAUCCCAUUGUGCACAUUGGGAAACGCUACCUGAAUUCAGGAGGAUUUAUUGGUUAUGCUCCGUAUAUCAACCAGAUAGUUCAACAGUGGAAUCUCCAGGAUAAUGAUGAUGAUCAGCUAUUUUACACCAAAAUUUACAUUGAUCCACUGAAGAGGGAAGCUAUUAACAUCACAUUGGAUCACAAAUGCAAAAUUUUCCAGACUUUAAAUGGAGCUGUAGAUGAAGUUGUUUUGAAAUUUGAAAAUGGCAAAGCCAGAGCUAAGAAUGUAUUUUAUGAAACAUUACCAGUGGCAGUUAAUGGAAAUGGACCCACCAAGAUUCUCCUGAAUUAUUUUGGAAACUAUGUACCGAACGCAUGGACGCAGGAUAAUGGCUGCAUUCUUUGUGAUGUGGAUACAAUUGACUUAUCUACGGUAGAUGUCCAUCCAAAUGUAACAAUAGGAGUUUUUAUUGAACAACCAACCCCUUUCCUACCUCGAUUUCUGGACAUAUUGUUGACACUGGAUUACCCAAAAGAAGCGCUUAAGCUCUUUAUUCAUAACAAAGAAGUUUAUCAUGAAAAGGACAUCAAAGUAUUUUUUGAUAAAGCUAAACAUGAAAUCAAUACUAUAAAAAUAGUAGGACCAGAAGAAAAUCUAAGUCAAGCUGAAGCCAGAAACAUGGGAAUGGAUUUUUGCCGUCAGGAUGAAAACUGUGAUUAUUAUUUUAGUCUGGAUGCAGAUGUUGUUUUGACAAAUCCAAGGACCUUAAAAAUUUUGAUUGAACAAAACAGAAAGAUCAUUGCUCCUCUCGUAACUCGUCAUGGAAAGCUAUGGUCCAACUUCUGGGGAGCCUUGAGUCCUGAUGGAUACUAUGCUCGAUCUGAAGAUUAUGUGGAUAUUGUUCAAGGGAAUAGAGUGGGGAUAUGGAAUGUCCCAUACAUGGCUAAUGUGUACUUAAUUAAGGGAAAGACACUUCGAACAGAGAUGAAUGAAAGGAACUAUUUUGUUCGUGAUAAAUUGGAUCCUGAUAUGGCUCUGUGCCGAAAUGCUAGAGAAAUGGGUGUGUUUAUGUACAUUUCUAAUAGACAUGAAUUUGGAAGACUUUUAUCAACUGCUAAUUACAAUACUUCCCAUUAUAACAAUGACCUCUGGCAGAUUUUUGAAAAUCCCGUGGACUGGAAGGAGAAGUAUAUAAACCGUGAUUAUUCAAAGAUUUUCACUGAAAAUAUAGUUGAACAGCCUUGUCCUGAUGUCUUUUGGUUUCCCAUCUUUUCUGAAAAAGCCUGUGAUGAAUUGGUGGAAGAAAUGGAGCAUUAUGGCCAGUGGUCUGGGGGGAAACAUCAUGAUAGCCGUAUAUCUGGUGGUUAUGAAAAUGUCCCAACUGAUGAUAUCCACAUGAAGCAAAUUGAUCUGGAGAAUGUAUGGCUUCAUUUUAUCCGGGAGUUUAUUGCACCUGUUACACUGAAGGUCUUUGCAGGUUAUUAUACGAAGGGGUUUGCUCUAUUGAAUUUUGUAGUAAAAUACUCCCCUGAAAGACAGCGCUCUCUUCGCCCUCAUCAUGACGCUUCUACAUUUACCAUCAACAUUGCACUCAAUAACGUGGGAGAAGAUUUUCAGGGAGGCGGAUGCAAAUUUCUAAGGUACAAUUGCUCUAUUGAAUCACCCAGAAAAGGCUGGAGCUUCAUGCAUCCAGGGAGACUCACACAUUUGCAUGAAGGACUUCCUGUUAAAAAUGGAACGAGAUACAUUGCAGUGUCAUUUAUAGACCCCUAAGUUAUUUACUUUUCAUUGAAUUGAAUCUUCUUUUGGAACGGACGAACAUGUCUUUGAAGUUGUGCUUGAGAAGAUGAGAGGAAUAUUUAAAUAACUUCAACAGAACAACUUCACUUUGGGCCAAACAUUUGAAAAACUUUUUGUAAAAAAUUGUUUGAUACUUCUUAAUGUCUGCUCUGAGCCUUAAAACACAGAUUGAAGAAGAAAAGAAAGAAAAAGUAAAAGCAAAUAUUUAUUUCUAUGCCUUAUUUUCUCUGAGAAUAAUGACAGUUUUCUGAAUUUGUGUUUCAAUUGAUAAAAUAUUCAGCUAUAAAUGUACAAGUGACAAGAGACUAAUAAUAUUUUAUUAAAAAAGCAUGGGAAGAAUUUUAUUUAUUAACAUGUAAACAAAAUGAAUAUAAGUGAAAAUUGACAAUUUUUGAAACAUUGGAAAACUGGAGUUGUAACUAAAUUUGUAUGCAACUAAUUGUGUAAGUACUUUUUUUUAUGACCUAUACAGGUACCUUUUAUAGUAGUUACUGAAGGAAUACAAAGAACAGUAAAUAUUACACAAUGUUUUUCCUCAAGAAACUUAGUACAGAAUACAACUGAGGUUUAGAGCCAGUUGAAAACAUUUUUGUUUAGAUUGUUAGACAGAUUUUGUUUUGUUACAUUUGUAUUAGAAAUCAAACCCUAUAUUCCUUCAGAUUAAUUUUCCAAGGUGGACUAUAUUGAGUAGGUAUUAGAUUUAGGAAAGUUUUCAAGCCUUUCCAUUUUGUGAAGUGUAUCAAAUAUCAACUUAAGAUCAGCAAGUGUCCUUGAGUCAAAACAGGCUUUUGAUUUUAAUUCUAGAAAAUAAUGAGGAAAAAGAAAAUUUCAUGAGAUUAGUAGUAGCAUUUUAUGAUUUUUAAAAAACUUGGUUAAGUACUUGAAUUUUAUAUCAGGAAAAUAAAGUUGGUGAGCCUUUCUUCUUCUCUUUGCCCUUUGUCUCCUUCCUUAUUCUUUUUUAGAGAAGGUUAUUUACCUUUUUGUCUUUCCAGCAUAGUCUCCAUUUUAUCCUUCCUACUCUUUUUGUUACCUUUUCUUAAUCCCAUUUUUAAAAAAUUCCCCAGCACAAAAAAUUUGUGACUUGAUUUUUCACCAUUUCUCUGAGUGAGGUUUAAAUAUACUUAUUAUAGCUACUGUUUUUAAUUUAAAGGUUAAACUUGAAAUAAAGUUGUAAGUCAUGGUGCCAAAAUUCACUUUUCUAACACCAUGUGUUAGAAAAUUAUGAAAAAUAAAAUAAUUAAAAUAA